AUGGCUUUGCAUUCAGCAUGUGUGGAUAUCGCUCCCGCGGGUAAAGAGGCUCAUGGGCAAGCAGAACAAUUUACAAGGGGUGUGUUAACUCGCUCAGACCUUGAUGCAACCUCACCUAUUCGUCAGUUCCACAAGUGGUUUGCCGCAGCCCAACGGUCCGGUCGUGUUGCUCAUCCAGAGACUUGCUGCCUAUCUACUGCAUCGCUGCCGUCCGGCCGUGUAUCUUCUCGUAUGGUUUAUCUAAAGGAGCUAGAUGCCGAAGGAUUUGUUAUCUAUAGUAACUUCGGUACGAGCAAAAAGGCUCAGGACCUUGCUACAAACUCAUGGGCAAGCCUUACCUUCUGGUGGGAAGACCUUGAGAGACAGGUGAGAGUGGAGGGAAGGGCAAAUAGGCUCACCCGGGAAGAGAGCCAGAAAUAUUUCGACACCAGGGUUCGUGGCAGCCGUAUCGGUGCUUGGUCAAGUCGCCAGAGUCAGGUCCUUAAACCGACUAGUGGUGAGGAGGAAGAUGAUGGGCGAAAGAUACUCGACGAGUGGGUUAAGGAGACCGAGAAGAGGUUUGAAGGAGAGGAAAGUAUUCCGGUUCCGGACUUCUGGGGUGGCUUGAGAAUAAUCCCCGAAUGUGUGGAGUUUUGGCAAGGUCGACAGAAUCGCCUGCAUGAUCGGUUUGUUUACGAUAAGAAGAUAUCUACGGAAGAAGGUGUUGAAGAAUGGUCUCUUGAGAGGCUUAGCCCAUAA